AUGAUGAUGGUUCCAAGAGUAUUUUCUUUCCUUCAGUUUUCCAUUCUCUUAUAUCUCUUCAUUGUUACUUUUGCUUCUAUUGAGGAAGCAACUGCUCUCCUUAAAUGGAAAGCAACUUUCCUAAACCAGAAUAAUUCCUUGUUGGCUUCUUGGACAUUAAGUACUGAUGCAUGCAGGGUUUGGUAUGGAGUUAAAUGCUUAAAUGGUAGGGUAAACAUGUUGAAUAUUACAAAUGCUAAUGUGAAUGGUACACUCCAUGAUUUUCCAUUUUCAUCUCUCCGUUUUCUUGAAUCUGUUAAUCUUAACAUGAACCAGUUCUCUGGCAUCACCCCACCAGAAAUUGGAAAGCUCACUAAUCUUGUCUAUCUUGAAUUGUCAGUGAACAAUCUUUCUGGUCCCAUUCCUAGUGAGUUGGAGAAUCUGAAAAAACUCACUAAGCUGGAUUUAUCAGAUAAUAAACUUGGUGGUUCAAUUCCAAUUACUCUAGGUGGCUUAACUCAGCUCAAACUUUUGUCUCUUUAUUCUAACCACCUUUCUGGUCCCAUUCCUAGUGAGUUGGGUAAUCUGAAAAACCUCACUGAUUUGGCAUUAUACAGUAAUCAACUUAGUGGUUCAAUUCCAAUUACUCUAGGUGGCUUAACUGAGCUCAAAUUUUUGUAUCUUUAUUCUAACCACCUUUCUGGUCCCAUUCCUAGUGAGUUGGAGAAUCUGAAAAAACUCACUAAGCUGGAUUUAUCAGAUAAUCAACUUGGUGGUUCAAUUUCAAUUACUCUAGGUGGCUUAACUGAGCUCAAAUUUUUGAAUCUUAAUUCUAAUCAACUUUCUGGUCCCAUUCCUAGUGAGCUGGGGAAUCUGAGAAACCUCACUGAUUUGGCAUUAUACAGUAAUCAACUUAGUGGUUCAAUUCCAAUUACUCUAGGUGGCUUAACUCAGCUCAAACUUUUGUCUCUUUAUUCUAACCACCUUUCUGGUCUCAUUCCUAGUGAGUUGGGUAAUCUGAAAAACCUUACUGAUUUGGCAUUAUACAGUAAUCAACUUAGUGGUUCAAUUCCAAUUACUCUAUGUGGCUUAACUGAGCUCAAAUUUUUGUAUCUUUAUUCUAACCACCUUUCUGGUCCCAUUCCUAGUGAGUUGGAGAAUCUGAAAAAACUCACUAAGCUGGAUUUAUCAGAUAAUCAACUUGGUGGUUCAAUUUCAAUUACUCUAGGUGGCUUAACUGAGCUCAAACUUUUGUAUCUUUAUUCUAACCACCUUUCUGGUCCCAUUCCUAGUGAGUUGGAGAAUCUGAAAAAACUCACUAAGCUGGAUUUAUCAGAUAAUCAACUUGGUGGUUCAAUUUCAAUUACUCUAGGUGGCUUAACUGAGCUCAAACUUUUGUCUCUUUAUUCUAACCACCUUUCUGGUCCCAUUCCUAGUGAGCUGGGGAAUCUGAGAAACCUCACUGAUUUGGCAUUAUACAGUAAUCAACUUAGUGGUUCAAUUCCAAUUACUCUAGGUGGCUUAACUGAGCUCAAAUUUUUGUAUCUUUAUUCUAACAACCUUUCUGGUCCCAUUCCUAGUGAGUUGGGUAAUCUGAAAAACCUCACUGAUUUGGCAUUAUACAGUAAUCAACUUAGUGGUUCAAUUCCAAUUACUCUAGGUGGCUUAACUGAGCUCAAAUGUUUGUAUCUUUAUUCUAACCACCUUUCUGGUCCCAUUCCUAGUAAAUUGGAGAAUCUGAAAAAACUCACUAAGCUGGAUUUAUCAAAUAAUCAACUUGGUGGUUCAAUUCCAAUUACUCUAGGUGGCUUAACUGAGCUCAAAUAUUUGUCCCUUUAUUCUAACCACCUUUCUGGUCCCAUUCCUAGUGAGUUGGGUAAUCUGAAAAACCUCACUGAUUUGGUAUUAUACAUUAAUCAACUUAGUGGUUCAAUUCCAAUUACUCUAGGUGGCUUAACUGAGCUCAAAUCUUUGUAUCUUUAUUCUAACCACCUUUCUGGUCCCAUUCCUAGUGAGUUGGAGAAUCUGAAAAAACUCACUAAGCUGGAUUUAUCAGAUAAUCAACUUGGUGGUUCAAUUCCAAUUACUCUAGGUGGCUUAACUGAGCUCAAAUUUUUUAAUCUUAAUUCUAAUCAACUUUCUGGUCCCAUUCCUAGUGAGCUGGGGAAUCUGAGAAACCUCACUGAUUUGGCAUUAUACAGUAAUCAACUUAGUGGUUCAAUUCCAAUUACUCUAAGUGGCUUAACUGAGCUCAAAUUUUUGUAUCUUUAUUCUAACCACCUUUCUGGUCCCAUUCCUAGUGAGUUGGAGAAUCUGAAAAAACUCACUAAGCUGGAUUUAUCAGAUAAUCAACUUGGUGGUUCAAUUUCAAUUACUCUAGGUGGCUUAACUGAGCUCAAAUUUUUUAAUCUUAAUUCUAAUCAACUUUCUGGUCCCAUUCCUAGUGAGCUGGGGAAUCUGAGAAACCUCACUGAUUUGGCAUUAUACAGUAAUCAACUUAGUGGUUCAAUUCCAAUUACUCUAGGUGGCUUAACUGAGCUCAAAUUUUUGUAUCUUUAUUCUAACCACCUUUCUGGUCCCAUUCCUAGUGAGUUGGAGAAUCUGAAAAAACUCACUAAGCUGGAUUUAUCAGAUAAUCAACUUUCAGGCCAUCUGCCAGAGCAUCUUUGCCGUAGUGGGACACUUGAGAUCUUCGUGGUGUUUAGCAACAAGCUUACAGGGCCAAUACCAACUAGCUUGAGGAAGUGCUCAAGUCUCAAAAGGGUUCGGUUCAAUAACAAUAGUUUCAAUGGGAAUUUAUCAGAAGCUUUUGGCAUCUAUCCCGAGCUUCAGUUCAUUGAUUUGAGUGACAAUGAUUUUCAUGGUGAACUCGGCAACAAUUGGGGAAAAUGUAAGAAUUUGUUUAAUUUGCAGGUAGCAAGAAAUAACAUCAGUGGCAGCAUACCACCUGAGAUUGGGAAUGUCAAAGGGCUUCUAGGACUCGAUCUUUCAUCGAAUCAUUUGGUUGGGCAGAUUCCUAAGGAAAUUGGAAAAUUAACCUCUCUAGUUAAGCUUUUUGUGCAAAAUAACAACAUUUCUGGCAAUAUACCUGGGGAACUUGGGUUGCUGACAAAAUUAGAGUCCCUUGAUCUAUCAGGCAAUAGAUUGAAUGGGUCGAUCCCAAAUUUUGUAGGAGAUUACGUGCACUUGUUUCAGCUGAACCUGAGCAACAACAAAUUUGGGCAGAAAAUUCCAAUAGAGAUAGGGAGGAUAACUCAGCUUAGUGCACUUGAUUUGAGUCAUAAUCAUCUUGUUGGAGAAAUACCCUCUUAUCUAGCCAAUUUGAAGAACUUGGUAAGCUUAAAUCUUUCCCACAAUGGCCUCUCUGGCCGCAUUCCUGAAGAACUUGAAAGUUUGAUUGGUUUGCAGGUAGUCGUGUUGUCAUACAAUGAGUUGGAAGGUCCAAUCCCUAAUAAUAAAGCUUUUAUCAAUGCCUCAUUGGAGGGCAAUAAAGGUCUUUGCGGAAAUGUAACAGAACUCCAGCCCUGCGAAAGGCCAUCUUCUGUGAUGAAAAAGCACUCAAUGGCAAAGGAAUGUAAACUCAUUUUCAUCAUUGUACUUCCUCUUAUGGGAGCACUAGUACUACUCUAUGCUUUCAUUGGUGUUCUCUUUAUGUAUGAUAAAAGAAGGAAGGUUAAAGACAUUGAAAGACGUGAUGAUGGUUGGAUUUCGAUAUCCAUGUUAGAUGGAAAGGAAUUAUACAGAGAUAUCUUAAAUGCCACAGAGGAGUUUGAUGCAGCAUUUUGCAUCGGGCAAGGAGGGCAUGGAAGCGUUUACAAGGUAAACCUUCCAUCAUUAGGGAAUAUAGCUGUGAAGAGACUUCUUUCUUCAUUUGAGAAUACACAUCCCAAAAGUUUUAUGAAUGAAGUAAGGGCAUUGAUUGGGAUUAAGCACCGGAACAUCGUGAACCUCUACGACUAUUGUUCAAAUGCACAAAACUCGUUGUUGGUUUACGAGUAUGUGGAGAGGGGGAGUUUGUCUAGCAUUUUGAGCAAUGAAGUUAAGUCCAAGAAAUUGGAUUGGCUUAAAAGGGUGAAUAUCAUCAAAGGUGUUGCUUAUGCUUUAUCUUACUUGCACGAAGAUUGUUCACCAUCGAUUGUUCAUCGAGACAUAUCAAGCAACAACAUUUUGCUUGAUUCUGAGUAUGAAGCUCGUGUUUCAGAUUUUGGCAUAGCUAAGCUUCUCAAGCCAAACUCAUCCAAUUGCACUACACUUGCAGGCACAUAUGGCUACGUUGCACCUGAGCUUGCAUAUACAAUGAAGGUUACACAAAUGUGUGAUGUCUAUAGCUUUGGAGUAUUAGCAUUGGAGACAAUCAAAGGAAAGCAUCUUGGGGAUUACAUUACUGUGCUAGCAAACUCGUCAACUAGAGAUCAUGUGCAGCUGAGCGAUUUGCUAGACGAACGCCUUCCGUAUCCUGAAGAUAGAGUGAAAGAGGUUUUGUUUUUUAUCAUCAAGCUAGCAAGUUCUUGUUUGCUUGAAACUCCAAAAUCAAGGCCAACAAUGCACUUCAUCUCUAAUAGGUUAUCAUCAAUGCAUCCACGUCCACCUACUCAUGUAAGGCGAGCUAUAUAAUCCCUGAGAUGUGAGGUGUCCUUGUAUGAAAAUGAAUAAACUUUGAAACCAAGUGGUUGUGAAGUAAGUUAUUUUGAUGAGACGGUCCAUGCCAAAAUUAUUAUGGGCAUUAGUAUUGUUGUAGUGUGAGGGUGCUUAUCUGUUUUAUUGUAUUACAGUGUAUAAUGUCCAAGGUAACUUGCUCCUUGUGCCAAAAAAGUAAUGAAAA